AUGUCCACAUCCACAUCCGGGCCCGAUGCCAUGGACAUCUCUUCUUCUCCAACCGCUUCCGCGCCGAGCCAUAUAGCAGAUCAUGAGACCAAUGGCAAGACAAACAGUCGGCCGAACCAGCCGUCGGGCAGUGACCGUAGCGCUGCCGACUCUUCAUCCAACAUGCCCGCGCCGCCAACCACUACCUCGUCUGCUAUCCACCAACCAAAGAUUGUGCAGACUGCUUUUAUUCAUAAACUAUAUAACAUGUUGGAGGAUUCCAGUAUACAGCACCUGAUAUCAUGGUCUGCGAACGCGGAGAGCUUUGUCAUGUCUCCCACCGCAGACUUUUCAAAAGUCUUGUCGCAAUACUUUAAACACACAAAUAUUUCGUCGUUUGUGCGACAACUAAACAUGUAUGGGUUUCAUAAGGAACGGGACGUUUUUCAUACCGGCAAUCCUGAUACGACACUGUGGGAGUUUAAGCAUGGUAAUGGCAGUUUUAAGCGAGGCGAUAUUGCCGGCUUACGAGAUAUAAAGCGGCGGGCUAGUCGUCAUGCUCUGGUUCACCGCGAGACCAACUUUACGAAACCCAGUUCAUCACAGCCGGGCACGCCGGCGGAACCUGUCCAAGUUCCUCCAGAGAGUAUCGAUGCCAGGCUCGCCAACCUUGAACAUUCCCUCUAUGAUGUGAGCGCUCGGCUGCAACGUAGCGAAGAAAACGCACAUUAUAUGCAUAUCAAAAACCAAGCAGUUAUGGAAAACAUGGGUCGCCUGUUGCAUUUCAACCAAGAAUUGGCUCGGGCUGUGAUAUCUUUGGUUCCAUUGGAUAGCGCUAUCCACCGCGAUGUGAUUAAUUUGCAAGGAGAGAUGCAGCGACAGGCCGAUAUGAUCCGAACAGUUGAUGAGCCUCACGAGGUGCCUUAUGCUGGCCGGCAGCAGUAUUUCAGCAACGUGGAUAAUGCCCCCGUGUCGCCGAGGCAAUUGCCACAGGAUGAUUCCAGACGACCUGCUGGGGGACUUACGGUACCUCAGUCUCAGGCUCGAGGGCAACCAUUGUAUCGACCUGGUGUGCCUUCCACUCUUUCAUUGGGAUCACGCCGCCCUUACGGCUCCAUUGGAGGCAGCAGCACGACACAAUCUUCACCACUUCGUAAUGCGGCAGCACCUCCACCGCCCGGUCCUCAUCCCCUAUCGAACGUCGAAACGCCGCCCAGCAACCUUGCUCGAAGACACACGGCUGCGGAUAUCCGCGCUCACGGCUGGCAGCCUGGACCAGCGCCUUUCUCAGCGUCUAAUGCACCUACUGGCCCGUGGCCGUCAUCUCCUGGACGGCUUGCUCCAGAAGAUCAACGUAUCAGGGAAUCAUUGUCAUCAUAUUCGCUACAGACGGCCUCACAUCCCCAUCCACACUCCCGGCCGACAACCCCUCCGCCUCCUCAUAUGCCGGCCAAUGGUAGUAGCAAUGGGGCGGAUACUUUCGGCGGUUGGUCUUGGAACACGGCAGGAAAUAGGGAUGCUAAAGGACCCCUAUUCAAGGACUCGUCGGCUCCACCAACCAGACGAGGUAGCAUGGCGCACAUCUUGAACCCAAGUGACACUGCUGAAAGGUCCGAGGAAGACGAAGAUCCUCGUGGAGAGGACGACAGAAAACGAAAACGAAUGCAGUGA